CAUAACCUAAAAUUUCCGCUUGUGUAGCGCGCACGGCGUAAGGAGGUACGUGGUAGCACAUAAUAGGUAUUCACAGCAGACAAUUGCUUUAAAUUUACGCAAUGUCGGAGAAAGCGAAAACCAUGAGUCACGUUAAACAUAUUCCGAAAGAUGCUCAAGUUAUUAUGUCUAUUAUGAAAGACAUGGGAAUUACGGAUUACGAGCCCAAAGUGAUCAAUCAGUUACUGGAGUUCACCUAUCGAUAUGUCACAUGCAUAUUAGACGACAGUAGAGUAUACGCCAAUCAUGCCAAGAAGAAGUUUAUCGAUCUCGAUGAUGUCAGACUGGCGGUUAAGAUGCAGCUAGAACGCACGUUCACGAAUCCACCACCCAGGGAUGUACUGUUGGACGUGGCACGCGCCAAGAACAACAUUCCAUUACCUUUCGUCAAGCCAAACAACGGACUUAGACUGCCGCCAGAUCGAUAUUGCUUAAACGCCACGAAUUAUAAACUUAAGAACGCGGCAAAAAAAGUCGUUCAGAAACCUGCGCAUGCUCUGGUAGGGAACAAUCAGUCUGGUGGACAGCCGAGGCCAAAGGUGGAAGGAAACAAGACUGGUGUAUCGGUGUAUGUUAAGCGGCCUGGCACACUCGCUACUGUUGCUAGAACACAAAGCAUCUCCAUACCAAAGCCAGUUUUGAAGUUCUCGACAGCGACAACGAGCACCGCAACAGUGAAGACACAAGUGACAAAGCCGAAAAUACAGAUCACUUCCGCUCAGACAUUACCGCCCGUAAAGAUGGAGACAAACGAAGAUUCGUUGAAGAGAAAGCGAGAAGAAGACGACUACGAUGUCUCAUAAUUUCUUGGUUUCUCGCGGGUAUCCUUUUAUUCAAUAAUAUCAAUAGAUUUGUGAAUGUAAUCUUUUUGUAAUAUUAAUAUUAAUAAGUUUGUUAUUUAAAACCCUGUGCAAAAAUAUUUGAUAAUGUACAAAACCCGAAUUAUAUAAGAUACGAAAAC